CAUCCAUCCAUCCCACCCCCCCCCCCCCCGCCGUCAACCAGCGACUCGCACCCACCAAAGGCGCCGAGAUUGGGCGAAUAGCGAGCAAAUACGUCCGCGUUUCUCUACCCGCUCCCCCGCCGACCUCCCCUCCUCGCUCCCCGGCGCUCACAGCGGACAAGGCCGAGGUCGCAGCAGAGCAGGCCCGGCCGCCGAGGCUCGACCUGUCCACCCCACCUCCGCAUCCUACCACACCUCGCCAGCAGUCUAGAGCCCGGUUCCCCGCAGAGUCGACCCUGGACAAGGUCGAGGGUAGCCGAGAUAGCAGUGAGCACCGCGUCACGACCACCACCACCACCACCACAACAACAACAGCUGCCAACAUGAACCACCACCAUCACCACACGCAGCAGCAGCAGCAGCAACAGAAAGCCGGCGAGCAGCAGCUCAGCGAACCAGAGGACAUGGAGAUGGAAGCUGGGGACACCGACGAUCCUCCAAGAAUCCCAGCCAACCCAGUGAUCAAUGGUAACGUGGCCAUGGCAGAUGGACACAACAACACAGAGGAGGAUAUGGAGGAUGACACCAGUUGGCGGUCAGAGGCGACUUUUCGGUUUGUGGUCGAGCGAUUCAGCCGCCUGAGUGAGUCUGUGCUCAGCCCGUCCUGUUUUGUCCGGAACCUUCCAUGGAAGAUAAUGGUGAUGCCACGCUUCUAUCCAGACCGGCCACACCAGAAGAGCGUGGGCUUCUUCUUGCAGUGUAACGCAGAGUCAGACUCCACGUCGUGGUCUUGCCACGCACAGGCCAUGCUGAAGAUCAUCAACUACAAAGACGAUGAGAAGUCUUUCAGCCGCAGGAUCAGUCAUCUGUUCUUCCACAAAGAGAAUGACUGGGGCUUCUCCAACUUCAUGUCCUGGAGUGAUGUGACCGAUCCAGAGAGGGGUUUCGUUGAUGAUGAUAAAGUCACAUUUGAAGUCUAUGUCCAGGCAGAUGCCCCACAUGGAGUGGCCUGGGACUCAAAGAAACACACAGGCUAUGUUGGACUAAAAAACCAGGGAGCGACCUGCUACAUGAACAGCCUGCUACAAACGCUCUUCUUCACCAACCAGCUACGACGGGCGGUGUACAUGAUGCCCACAGAGGGAGAUGACUCGUCCAAGAGCGUCCCCUUGGCCCUGCAGAGGGUUUUCUAUGAGCUGCAACACAGCGACAAACCCGUUGGCACCAAGAAACUCACCAAGUCCUUUGGAUGGGAAACACUAGAUAGCUUCAUGCAACAUGAUGUGCAGGAGCUGUGCAGAGUGCUCCUGGACAAUGUGGAGAACAAAAUGAAAGGCACUUGUGUUGAGGGGACCAUCCCCAAGCUCUUCAGAGGAAAGAUGGUGUCAUAUAUCCAGUGUAAACAUGUUGACUACCGAUCAGAGCGGAUAGAGGACUACUAUGACAUCCAGCUUAGCAUAAAAGGAAAGAAGAACAUCUUCGAGUCAUUCAAAGAUUAUGUUGCAACUGAACAGUUAGACGGAGACAACAAAUACGACGCAGGAGAGCACGGCCUGCAGGAAGCAGAAAAAGGAGUGAAGUUCCUCACUUUCCCUCCAAUCCUUCACCUGCAGCUGAUGAGGUUCAUGUAUGACCCACAGACUGACCAAAACAUCAAGAUUAAUGACAGGUUUGAGUUCCCCGAUCAGUUACCUCUGGAUGAGUUCCUUCAGAAGCCCGACUCCAAGGACCCAGCCAACUACAUCCUGCACGCAGUGCUGGUCCAUAGCGGGGACAACCAUGGCGGUCACUAUGUUGUCUAUCUUAACCCCAAAGGAGACGGCAAAGUGAGCGUCAAGGAACCAAUAUGGUGCAAGUUCGACGACGACGUGGUGUCACGAUGCACCAAGGAGGAGGCCAUUGAACACAACUAUGGCGGACAUGACGAUGACCUCUCCGUGCGCCACUGCACCAAUGCAUACAUGUUGGUCUACAUCCGUGAGUCCAAGCUCAGUGAGGUGCUCCAGCCGAUGACUGACAUAGACAUCCCCCAGCAGCUGGUGGAGCGUCUGCAGGAGGAGAAAAGGGUUGAGGCACAGAAGAGGAAGGAGCGCCAAGAAGCUCACCUCUACAUGCAGGUCCAGAUGGUGACAGAGGACCAGUUCUGUGGCCAUCAGGGCAACGACAUGUAUGACGAGGAGAAAGUGAAGUACACGGUCUUCAAGGUCCUGAAGAGUUCCACGCUGCAAGAGUUCGUCCAGAACCUCUCCCAGACAAUGGGUUUCCCACAGGACCAGAUGCGGCUGUGGCCCAUGCAGGCCCGGAGCAACGGAACCAAGCGUCCUGCUAUGCUCGACUACGAGGCCGACUGCAACAAGCCGAUGAUCGACUUGAGCGACAACGAGAACCCCUGGACAAUAUUUCUGGAGACGGUGGAUCCAGAGAUGGCAGCCAGCGGGGCCACAUUACCCAAGUUUGAUAAAGACCAUGAUGUCAUGUUGUUCUUGAAGAUGUAUGACCCCAAAACCAGAAGCUUAAAUUAUUGUGGACAUAUCUAUACACCUAUAUCCUGCAAAAUAAGAGACCUACUGCCAGUCAUGUGUGAGAGAGCAGGUUUUCAGCAGGAAACUAGCCUUAUCCUCUAUGAGGAAGUAAAGCCCAAUCUAACAGAGCGGAUACAGGACUACGAUGUCUCUCUGGACAAGGCCCUGGACGAGCUCAUGGACGGGGACAUCAUUGUCUUCCAGAAGGACGACCCAGAGAACGACAGCAGCGAGCUGCCUACAGCAAAGGACUACUUCCGGGAUCUCUACCACCGCGUGGACGUCAUUUUCUGUGACAAGACCAUCCACAACGACCCUGGCUUCGUGGUCACGCUCUCUAACCGCAUGAACUACUUUCAGGUGGCCAAGACGGUAGCACAGAGGUUGAACACGGAUCCUAUGCUGCUGCAGUUCUUCAAGUCACAGGGGUACAGGGACGGUCCAGGGAAUCCUCUCAGACACAACUAUGAGGGAACGCUGCGGGACCUGCUGCAAUUCUUCAAGCCUCGACAGCCCAAGAAACUCUACUACCAGCAGUUAAAGAUGAAGAUAACAGACUUUGAGAACAGGAGGAGUUUUAAAUCCAUAUGGCUCAACAGCCAGUUCAGAGAGGAGGAGAUCACCCUCUAUCCUGACAAACAUGGCUGUGUGCGGGACCUUUUGGAAGAAUGUAAAAAGGCAGUUGAGCUCUCCGAAAAAGGCUCUGAGAAGCUAAGGCUGUUAGAGAUCGUAAGCUAUAAAAUCAUUGGGGUUCACCAGGAGGACGAGUUGCUAGAAUGUUUAUCUCCGGCUGCCAGCCGCACCUUCAGAAUAGAGGAGAUUCCUUUGGACCAGGUGGACUUGGACAAGGACAGUGAAAUGCUAAUCCCGGUCGCUCACUUCCACAAAGAAGUCUUUGGGACUUUUGGGAUCCCCUUCUUGCUCAAGAUCAGACAGGGCGAGUCAUUUCGGGAGGUGAUGAGGAGGAUCCAGACCAUGCUGGACAUCCAGGAGAAAGAGUUUGAGAAGUUCAAGUUUGCGAUUGUGAUGAUGGGGAGGCAUCAGUACAUCACUGAAGACGAGUAUGAGGUCAACCUGAAGGACUUUGAACCACAGCCAGGUAACAUGUCCCACCCGCGGCCCUGGCUAGGGUUGGAUCAUUUCAACAAAGCUCCAAAGAGAGGUCGCUACACCUACCUGGAGAAAGCAAUCAAGAUCCACAACUAAAGCAGCCCGCCCUUCCUCUUUGUCCUCCACAUCCGCCUCCUGCUCCGCCUUCCUGCCUACCUUCUUUAACACACCAUAACCACAGACUGUAACCAACCGCGUGUGAGACUUGGGGCGCGCGCGUAUGUGUGUGUGAGCGCUUGUGUGUGCUUGUGUAUGUAUGUGUGUGUUCAUCCCUUUUAACACCCCGCCUGGACACCUCUACAGCUCUACACCGGCACUGUCUCCAGCGAUAUGGAUCUUGCUGCAACUGACGGAUUAUUCUUCAACCACAAAAUAAACUGCACCAACUACCACCUGACUGUUUAUUUUGUUGUUUGUUUUAUGUUAUUAUUUUUUUUUAAUUGUCCCCCUCUACGUUUGAGACCGUUCGGUUGUUUUUCUUCUGGCUUCUCUACCCGGUGACUGCCUGUUUUUUGUUGCCCGUCUGGAAGGAGGGGAAAUGGAAUUGGAUUUUACUAUAAAAUAAGCAGAGGGGAGAGGAAGUGGGGCCGUGUGUGUGAAUGUAUAUAUGUGUGUAAUAUAUACACCCACACAAUGAUCUUCUAGACUUUUUUUCUUUUCCUUCUCAUCCACCAGCUUUUUUUUCCCUUCAGAUUUUUGGGGGGGUGUUUUUAAAUAAAGAGUUGUUUGAAGAGGCAUCAUGCUGCUGUGUAGAGUUUGAUGGAAGGAUGUUUGUUAAGACUAACUAAAAGAAAAAAAUCCAUCCUGAGGUUCACUACUUGCCCUGAUGUGGUUCUUUAUAUUUCUUGCUCCCAUACUUUUAGUGCUACAAAAUCAAGUAUUUCUAAGUUUACACAAUUCUUUGUUACUUAGCUUGGUUGGAGGAAAAUGAUUUUUUUUGUCUCUUUCUGCAGAUCUUGUACAAUAAGAUAAAAAAAAUCCACAGCAUCUGUUUAAAAAUAAAUGGGGGAAAAAAUAAGGAGGAAAUUCGUCUGUAUUUCAUCUUGCACGUAGGCACUUACUGUCAGAGCUUUCUCAGGACUGGCAAAUGUACAUGUUGGUUGUGGUUUUGAGUUCAAUGACUUUAAAUGAAAACACAGACGUGGACUUUAUCCCCUCGACUUUCUUUCUUUUGGGGUUUUUUUUAAGGGGGGGGGGGGGGCGGUGGUUACUGUCUUUCUCAGUCAUUCCUCUGGACACAUGCAAGCUUCAUCUUCUCCCGCCCUCCAAUCUUCUCUCCCGGUUGAAACUGUCGCCUCCGUGUGGUUGGGAGCAGUAACUGCGCUGUGCUUGGUAGGGAGCUCCAGAUACUUAGAGCCCACCGGUUUGAGGGUUGUGUAGAGACAAAACCAGCAUUGUAAGAAACACUAAUCCCUAUGAAUUAAUUUUUCUUGGUUUUGUUUGUUCCUUUUAAAGCACAGAUGGAAUGAUCCCCUAAUAGCGUAUAGCUGGCUCUGUAAAGACAACAUUUAAGAAUUGUAUAUUUAAAAAUAUGAACGUGUAAAAUUUAAGAGAAACACGCCUUUGUUGUUGGGUACAGAAGGAGCCAGGUGUUCAUAUUUCUUGUGUAGGUUUUUUUUUCUCUUCUUUAUUUUGCGUUCUGAUGUUCCAUUGGCGAUAUUCUUUUUUUUCCUGUUACGUUUGAAUUUUUUUUCUUUUCUUUUCAAAACUAACUGCAUUGGUUUUGUCUUGUUGAAAAGUGCAGUACAAAGAUGACCUGCAGAAUCACACCGUUAUUUGAUCUUUUCCAGUUUAAAAUCCUCAGUGUAGCAGCAGUGUACGACAACUAUUCCUGUAUAUUGCCUUUUUGCUGGAAAAUGUAUGUUGAAUAAAAUUUUCUAUAAAAACA